AAAUGCGAGUUUUGUUUUGGUUUUAUAACAUUGUUUAUAAUUGGUUCUCCGCAAAAUUUCCAGUAACCAGUGACUUACAUUAAUUAACCAAGCUCUUGAUAAUAAUGUUAUAAAAUUACCAUCUAAAUAUAAAGAUUCAUCUGGCGAGAUGCACUACGAUGAGAAUAUCACCGACGUACGGCUACCUGCCAGUUUGUUUUCUGCACCUGCGAUGGAGAUUUCUUGCGCGAGUAUCAGCGUUAUUUCGGGCCUACCGUUGAGUGAGAAUUGUGUGGAGGAACCUGCCAGCGACGUGCCUUUACCAGCAGCGUACGAUGAUUUUAUGGCCUUGGCGCUGAAGGCUUGUAGAACGGGGAACCUGACAGAUAGAAGAGAUUGUGGCGUUCACAAUCUCUAAAGCAGGUUUUCUUCCAUCGGUUGCAGCAGACAAAGUGGCUGCAGAUUGGCACCAUAAUUUCAUGAGCGCUCAUCCUCAGAGAAAGAGAAAACUUCAAGAUUCUCGUCUGCGCGCCAAAGCAGGGACGGACAGUAAAGUAACGGACAGUAAAGUAAUCGCAGAGCUCGAGCAACGGGAAGCAGAAAAACUGCUGCAGAAAAAUAAGCGAAAAAGAAACACUCGUAGCGGACUUAGCGAUGUGACAAAUACUCCGACUUAAAUUAAAAAAUCUUUCAGAAUUGGUAAAAAGUGAGUCCUCUGAAAUUUCACAUGUGGUUCUACAAAGUCAAAGUGUUACUGUAAGAAAUAAAGUGUGCGGUAUUACUGGGGUGAUUAUUUGUAUUAAAUGUGAUGUGUUUACCAGCACUGACAAACCUGGGUGGUUGCCCGUGUUGCACUGGCCGGGCAUGGUUAUCAGAUUCUCUCGCUAGUUGUUUUGUCUAUCACAUAUACUAAGCUCGUCCUCGUAGUCAUUGCAGUCAGUCUUUAACGCUGUAUUUUAGAUUAAUCGUAAAUUAUGGAUGUCUUCCGUUUUUCGACAUUUUCUGCCCAUUUUUAGAAAAUUUGACGUACUUUUGUGGAGUAGGGAGACCUACAAUGAUCAGAUUAAUGCGGAAAGAACGUCAACGGACCGUUACCGGAAUAUUAAAAUGGUUUUGUAAAGCGAAUAGCUACAGGGGACCAGUUGCGCAUAUUGCAUCCUUUGCAAAUCCCGCUUGUACUUCAUAAAAUCUGCUUAUUAUCGCUGUAUGCCAUUCUAGUGCCAUCGUAAUGUUUAUUUGGUCCCCUUCAUUUAAAAUGCGUUAACUACGUUUAAAUGAGUUAACUACGUUAACUACAAAGUUGGAUUUUGAAGAGGCUAAACGCAGUUAUAUUCUUGCGAUGGAGGAUUCGGAAGCACACGGCGCGAGAAAGCGAUCCAAGCCGAUUAAUUCCCUUGAGAGAAUUUCCGCGGUGGACCCAUCAUCAGCACAGCCAGCACAGAUCUCAUCCGUACUGGAUCCAAACGAAGCGAAAACCCUGCUGAGGGGACAUUUUAAUGAGGAUUUUCAGCCGACGCAGACGACCUUUCCGUCUGGUUUCCGUAAACCUGUCCGUUCCUGCGAUCUUAUGGGAUUCAUGGGUGUCGCAGCGACAUUUCGUCCAAUGUUGCCGGCGGAUUCGCAUUUUAAUCAGUACGCCCAUGUCAGCAGUUCCCGCGAUGUGAUGCUGCAGAAAGCCGGUGGUGCGGUAUGUGCGGCGUACGAGAUAGCCUACGGAGAUCAGAUUGCCGUGUUCUCCGCCUUCAUGACGUCCGCCCUCGAGGCCCAGCAAAUUCCGCAUCAGCCACAGACAUCACUGGAGCGUGUACUGGUGCGUACCCGCGAAAAACGUCAAGAUGAUAAAGUCCGUCUGGCGCAGUUUGUCGCCAUGCUGCCUGGCUUUGAGGACAUCAGCCCCGCUGAUCGCGAUAUUUUACUGGUGGAAAAGAGGUUUAUCACUAAUUUGCUGCAUUAUAUGAAAUACUGUCACAAAGGCGACUAUUACUACCCAUUGCCGGGUCCGGAACAGAUUCACGCCAACAACUACUGGAUGGAGAUUAUGGGGUUGGAUCCCGAAUUCCUCCGGUUCAUUUAUCAGUUCAGUGCGGUCUUCAACAAGAUCGGGCUGACGCUGACGGAAUCUUACCUUCUGUUGGCCGUAGCGUUCUUUGAUCCAGGCACGACCACUGCGUCGGAAAAAACGUUGCUGAAGAAUCUGCACAUGUUUUAUGCGGAGGCGCUGACGUACACGAUCGGCUAUCGUUGUCGGAGCGCGACGGAACGCGCUGCUGUGUACCAGAAGCUGAAUGAAGCCGCCAAACUGUUUCCCGCUGCGUACCAACUCUACCUUGAAUGGUAUAAUAAAGCCGAGGCUCAGAUGCCACCGCCGUUUCCUUCUGCAUUGAGGACGCUGGUUCACGACUGCUUGAAACGCUGAUUCCCUGUAACCGUCCUCGUACGGAUCCGUAUGAAGUGUAUUUCAUGAUUGUAAAUCUGUAAUUAAAACUGCUGUAUCAGAGUAAAUUAUUUUGUAUCAUAUUUUAUACAGAAUUUAGAAUUUUACACAGAAUUUUUAUUUAUACAGAAUUUUAUUUAUUGAUGAAUUGUUGUCUCAGCGGAUGCCCGUGUCCUGACUCCUGACUACAUGUUCUGACGGGCGUCCCUAAACCUGACUUCGGCUUUGGGUCUUCUUUUUUUUUGGUACGUAGGUAAUUAAAUUAAGCCGGUGAUCUGGCCACACAUUGAUCUGCGUUUUUUGCUCCACAUUACUACCUGUACUGCAU